AUGGUACAUGACAACGAGCAGAUGCCGAACACAGAAAAAAUGCUGCGUCUUCGUUUCUGCUUAAAAGGCGAAGCUGCACGAGUAAUACAGCAUUUUCAAAUUUCGUCGAAAAAUUAUGAAGCUGCAUGGAGUCUACUUAAGAAAAAGUAUGACAAUCAGCCAAUUCUGUUAAUCAUACCCAAGUUAUCUACAACUGCGACGAAACUAACUAAUGCAAUGCAAAAUAUUGAAGACGAAAAACUAAUAACAGUACAAUCACUCCCUCUAUCUUCUGUUGAGAAAAAAACAACAGAAAUAAUAGAGGAAGAUAAAAAGGAAAAUAAAUUUGAAGAAGAAUUCUUUGCAGAAUUACAUGAAGCUUCAAUAACUGAGGAAAAACCAACUGAAUUGGUACCUUGGCACUUAUCUCUUCCGGCAGGCUCACAUUUUCAAGAAAUGUGGGAAAGUGCAAUCCAGGAUAAAUCGAUUGAAGAUGAGGACGAAGCUAAAGAAAUCGACCACAUUCUGGAAGAUGAUGCAAAAGCACAGAAGGAAGAUAAUGAAAUUGUUCAAAUCGAAGAAAUGAAUUCAGUGAAGACAUUGGGGUUGCAAUGGGAACCAAAACGUGAGAAGUCCGUCGACAAAAAGGAUAAAGACAUUAGUGAACAAAAAUCAUCUUCAAACAAGACUUCGCAGAAGGAUGACAAAGUGAAUACAUCUACAAAAUUGUCCUCCACAGGAAAGCAGACAACACCUUCACGUAAUCUUUGGGUAUCGGGGUCAUCUUCAUUAACGAGAGCCAGUGAUCUGAAAACUAUAUUUUCUAAAUAUGGCAAAGUUAUCGGAGCCAAGGUGGUCACCAACACCCGAACUUCGGGUACACGUUGUUAUGGCUACGUAACAAUGUCAUCAUCGUCGGAUACCAGUUGUUGCAUUAAGCAUUUGCAGCAUACCGAACUCCAUGGACGGAUAAUAUCAGUAGAGCGCACUAAAAACGAAAUCGGCAGCUCAACAAGUGUCGCCAAAACACGUGUGGAUACAACAAAAAAAGAUAAAGACAAGAAGAUACAAGACACAACUUCUAAGACGAGAGACGACAAACAUAAAACUAUUGAUUCAAAAAAGGACGAUGCAUUAAAGAAACCUGAAUUUGAGAAGGAUAAGCAACGCGAUAAAGAAAAGGAGAAGGACCAUAAUAAAAAAGACGUAAAUAAAACUAUUGAAAUAGCCGAAAUAGAUCCAGUUGGAAAAGCGUAUGUAGUAACCACCAUUUGGGAGUUACUAAUACCAUGGCAGCUUGCGUUAACAAACGAAACGCUGAUUACAAUCUGCGGUUGGAAGUCACUUUUGUCGCCCGGGAGAAUGUUCAAAAAUGAACAUGGACAUUCAGUACGCAUUGUUAUUAUACUUAAGAAUAUUCAACAUAUUAGAUAAGCUAUGAAACAGUGUAAUUCUCACUAUUUUAAAAACACAUACAGUCCACUAAAAUUGAACAAUUACUUUUUCCCUCGGCAAUAUGUUCAAAUAUAUUGAACAGGCUUAUAUUCGCCAAUGCCGAGGCAAUACAAUGCAUACAUAAAUAAAAACAUAAAUAUACAUGCAUAUAUAUGCAACACGUAUACAUACAUGAGGCACGUAUGCAUUUAAAUGCAAUACGCAUGCACUCAAGAUAUGUAAGAUAAACAUAUUUACUUAGGUUUGGGCAAUUGAUUACAAAUGCACUUGUGCACUUGAAAACAGCCCAAGCCAUACAACAUAAAUUAUAUUACAGCACACACACACACACAGGUAUUAAAUUGUAUACACAUACAUAUAUUUAAUUAUAUACGGUAGUUUUAAAAUUUGUA